ACAAAGUGUUCACAGGUUAUUGAAAAAUUCAGCACGUGAUUGCACAAAUUUCUUCACAGUCGAUAAAAAUGUUUUUGAAACUUCCAACAUCGUGUUUUGCCAACAGUGACCACCUUGCUGUUCAUAAAUGUCAGCUUCAUGUAAAAAUACCUUCAGUUUUGUUUCAGCCAGGUUCAGAUCAAACACCUACACCGACACGUUUCAUGAGAACAGCAGAUGCAGUGGAUUCACAACUAUUUGAAGAAAUUAAUCCCUUUGACCAGGAUUUUAGCAUAGCAUCUAAGAAUCAACUAUCUUCUGAAGCAAAUAAUGAAGAUAUCUCUUCAACUACCCUUAAACAGCAUAAAGGACCAUUACAGACACCGAAUCCUAUUAUAACCUCACACAACUUUACAUCAGUUUCAUCUUUGACAGCAUUUCCCAGUUCCAAAAAACCUUCAGUUUUAAUAAAAAAUGAAGAAGAAUGUGUGACCGCUGACAAAAAAUCCUCUAGCAAAUCUAUCUUAACCAAUGAAAACAUUAAGAAUCAAGAAAAUCAAUCUUUUUUAGUUCAUCAAGAGUACCAAGACCUUUGCUUACCUAAACAAUUGGAUCGAUCAGAAUUUUCGGAACAACGUGAUUCCCAUAGUUUAUCGGUUUUUUCUCUUUUGCAACAGCAAAUCAAUAUACAGUGUUCUCCGUCGUCUAUUACUGAACAAUCUAAUACUUCUGCGCAACUCAAUCAACAUACGUCGUCGACUGAAGUCUUAAGAGAUCAUUUAAACAAAUUAAUUAAAUCUGGGCAAAUUAAAAUACAGUUUUCUUCUAGUCCAUCAUCCACAAAAGUGCAGGCAACUAUUGUUGGUACUAUAGCAACAAAACAGUCAGGAACUCAAUCUGCUGUCAUUCAGAGUAGCGUAAAUCCGAUCAUAUUAUCUUCUUUAGCAUCUACAGUUGCAACCCCAUCAAUUCGUAACAUUGCACCAUCAACGAACCCUUUUGAUAGUUCGGUAGGAUCAGGAGUCGCUAAGCAGAAGUUGAGACAAGUGGUUCAACAAAGCACCUUUAGUAGCAUGGAUAAUAACAAUUCAAAUAAUGUAAUAAGUCAGCGCAUUUCUAUAUCACCUUCUAAUCAGGGGAAAUACAAAGAUAUAAUAUUGGAGGACGAAGACUCGAUGAAAGAAGGAUCAGAGUCAGGAGGAGGUAAAAGAAGAGGAAGAACGAGUGAAGAAUUAACUCCUGAUGAAAAAAGAAAGAAGUUUCUUGAGCGUAACAGAGCGGCUGCUUCGCGAUGUCGUCAGAAGAGAAAGGUUUGGGUAAAUCAAUUGGAAAAAAAAUCUGAUGAUUUAAUGCAGACAAAUGCGGAGUUAAUGAAUGAAAUAAAUAGUCUGAGAUCUGAAGUAGCUCAAUUAAAGGCUUUGCUGCUGGCACAUAAAGAAUGCCCUGUUACGCUGCAUCAAAAAUCAGUUCUCGAAAGAAUUAGUUCUGGGGGUAAGAAAUUGGCGUAUGUGACUGUUUCUGAUGGUCAAAUCAUAGCCAUCCAUCCUAUUAACGAGUUAAAUGGCGAAAAUGAAAUUACUUCCGCUGAAGAACUUGCAAGCAGUGCUUUAACUAAUAUGGGGUCAAUAUCAUCAAAUCAACCGUAAUAUAUAAACAAAUGUGUAUUUUAAUAACGAUAUUUUGAUUAUGUGAUUGAUUUUGUAUAUAUAGUCUAGAGUUUUAUAAAAUGUACAUAAGAUAAUGUACAUAUUUCUCUAAAAAUGUAUUUAUAAAGAACUUUAAAACAGCUAAAAGAUUUUGUCUUAUGGUGAUUUUAAA